UGGAGAGGUUGAGGUGAGGUCGUUGCAGUCCGUCGGCCGGCUCUGGUGGUUCGAGGAAAACGCAAGGGCCGCUUUCUGUUCCGGCUAGUUCCUUUGAGGAGGAGCUCCAUCAAACCGCCGACUUCACUCCAACACCACCCAUUGCACCAUCACCCACCUCUCCACUCCUUCGCCAUGCUCCGUACGCGGGUCCUCGCCAUGCAGCCCACUGCUUUCAUGCGGAUGCAGCCCACUGCCGCCAUGCGGAUUCAGCCUUCGGCCGUGAUGCGGAUGCAGCCGACGGCGAGGAUGAUGAGGCCAGUUCCUAAAGAGGAGCAUAGCGCUCACACCAUCUCCCAACGCAUUCGCCAGCUCAAGAAGGUUCCCCCGGAAUUGAUUCCUCUCGGCAUCGUUCUUGCCGUUGCCAUCUUCGCUGCCGGAUUUUCCAGUGUCAGGAAGUUCUACACGGACAAGACGCUACGUCUUUCGCGCCAGCAUGGAAGCGAGUAGAGAGGCACGAUGCCGGUUUCUGUUUAGGGGAGAUGAGGCUGGUGGGGCCACUGUAUAAAUUUGAGGUCAAUUGAAGAGCACAAUCCCAUUUCAAUUUCCGUGCGCCACAGCUCCUUUGAAUGCAACAAACCAUAUCCGGUAGGUCUACGCUGGUUUUGUUGGAAGUGUCGGUCCUGCGACAUCUAGUCCCUCCAGCCCUUGCAUUGGAUCUGGAGGCCCUGAAGAGACUGCUCGCGCCUGCUCAGUGGCCAGUCGGUCUUCUUCGCUCACAGCAUGCUCCGCCAACCAGCCCUCCU